UUUCUUUCUCUUGAAAGUGACAAAAUACAUCUAAAUAUACAUACAUUUUGUUUUAAGCGCAGAAACAGUAGUUAAAACGAACUGACGCAUUUGACAUCUAGCGAAAUGCGAGCAAGCUUGUUUUAUUUUGAUUAAAACCGACUCCAUGUUUUGCGUGUUUCCGACUAAAGUGUAACAGUUUGGCGUUGUUUAAACGCGCAUUUAUUUGUCUCGAAGGAACAAUUAACAAUAAGCAAUAGCAAUAUGGUCAGUCAUUAAUGUGGGCCGUUGAUUGAGUCUGAUUUUAACCCUUUUUUUUUUAAUUGUUUGACUACUUGCAUAUGUCUUGGCUUUUUGGCAAAAAGAAGCACAAGGAUUCACCUCCCGAAUCCAGGGAUGAACAACAAACCCCUGCAGAUUCAGGAGAUGAAUUUGUAGUAAUCGAAAGAAGAAGAACCUCAUUGCCACCUAAUGUUGAUGGGCAAAAUACACCUUAUCCUAGUGGGUUAUAUCCAUUUAUCGGUGGAACACCAAUGAAUCCUACAAUGUCGGCUGGUAAUUUACCAAAUCUAAGUCAACAAGCGGAUGCUCCGCAUUAUCUAAGUGGUGUACCAUUUAAAUUAUGCAAACACUUGGAAAGUAAUAUGAAUAAUGAUUUGGAAAUAGAUGGCCUACGGAUUAGCGAAAUAUCAUCUUUUGUUGAAAGAUUAGAAAAUCAAAAUUACGAUUAUGAUUUUUCUCUUGAAACAGGAGUUAUUUCAGAAAUGAAUAGCCAGACUGAUGAGUAACUUGAAAUGAUUGUUAUAUAAUAAGAGAGUGUAUAUUCUAUGAAUUAAGGAAUCAAACUUAGGUGUGUGUAUUUCUUAUUGUUAAAUAUUUGAUUGUAUAAUAAAGUCAUAUUUUUAAAGUGA